AUUAGGAAUUAUAGUUUUAUUAGGUUUUAUAUUUCAAUAGUCGGCAUGUCUGAUACAUUCUAUCAUCAGGUGGCGAUAGUUACGCUUUUAUUUAGAAACCAGUUAGCAACGUUAGCAAGUUCCAAGUUCCAAAAUUCCAAACGUUCCAAACAUCCAUUGAUCCAAAUUGAUCCAAACCACCAAACCGCACGUCACGCGUCGCACGCGUUGACUGGCAUUGACCACACGCAAGCACACGUUUGAGAAAAUAUCAGCUGAAGAAACUAUCGUAAAGUGUACAAGGUUACUUCGAGAUCAUUAAUAAUCGUCUUAUUAACGAUUUUGAAUUUGUCUGAUAAUAAUAACUGUUUGCACACGUUGAAAUUCCUGUCAGUCGAAGAAUAUUCGACUUUACAUGAACUUGCAAUCGUUAAACGAUGGAGGCAUUUUUUACUUAGUUGAAAAAUGCUUUUUUGUUAAAAUCGUAUAUAAUUCUUUUUAUCAUCAUGUCUUCUAAAAAAGUUAAGGAAGGUAAGGGUCAUGAAUUCAAUAACAAUAGAUAUUUGUAUAUCAGGCAAAUACGCGAGGCACUAAAUAGACUAGAGAAAUCAAUGAAAUGGUCAUCGGAUCAUAAUAAUCAGAUCUCUGAACGGAAAAAGCGUUUUAUAUUUGAGAAUCUGUUAUACACUACAUCAUCCGAUGAAACCGACCCUGAAGGAAAAUUUGUUCAGGCAUAUACAAGCAGAAAACUGACAAAACCUGAUAAGCACAACUUAAAGAAAGAUAGAAAAAGAAAUUACACCAAAGUGAUGAAUGAUAACAGUAACAGGGUAGAGUCAGAUUCAGAUUCCAGCGAUUCUGAGGAUGACAUUAACGAUAAACGUGCUGAAAGGAGAAAGAGAAGGUUCUUAACGUUGAAGUUGAAGGAGAAGAACUUGACCACAUUGCAUAGAGAUGAUAUUGGAUCCAGUUCCAGCAAAGAAUUCCAGAAGUCGAAGAUCUCUCACGUCGGUUCAAAUGUGAUGAAAAAACUGGCUCAAAGCCAAAAGCAGAAUCGUAUGACGUCCACCGAUUCGAAUUCUGAAUCUGUGAAUGAAAAGAUCUUUACAGAAAGAUUCAGUGAUAAACAGAAUAUAUUUUUCAAGUCUGGCAUUAAUAAAAUUAUGGACAAAAUGAAGGAGCUUUGCUCAGACUAUGAGCUGCAAAUAGAUAAUAUUAAAUGCAAACAUUUGAAGAAGGAUAUGCGACAUUAUGACUCAACAGAGAAAGUAUUCAGAAAAUUGAUGAAGGUGAUCGAAAAUGUGAAAGAGGAGAUAGACGUGCAAGAAAAUGAGUUAAUAAAUUUCUAUGAGGACUGGGAGAAGAAUCGUCGCUCGGAAAACGCGGAACAUGAAGACAGCUCGCCGAGCGAGGCUGUAGAAUCAAAAGCAGCGGUGGACAAGAAGGAAUCAGAGAAAUUAAAGAAUGUUUCUCGAGUGACACCCUUAGUCUCUGAGUGUGACAACGAGGUUUUGGGCAACGAGGCGCAAGCGACGGAAAAAAUAUCAAUAUAUGAUGACAGCGACCAGAGUGACGCUUCAUUGAUUUUGGUAAAUAGAACUAUAACAGACAAAAUCUUGCCGGUCAAGACAGAUUUAACAGAGCAAGCGAAAUUAGCUGAUGAAACUAGAGGCCAACAGGAAACAUCUCAAGACUGUCUAGCUUCUGACAUCAUAAUUCUGGACGUGUCCGAGGACGAUAUACAUGAUGAUACCACAAUAGAAAACGUAACUCCUUCGCCAGAAAUCAAAGAUGAAAGCGAUAAUGAAUCACAGACGAAUGUUACUUUAGAUAACAACGAAAAUGAUUCCAUGAUUGACGAGAAGAAACGUAAAAGGAAGGGUUCGUCUGAUAAUGUCGAAGGAUUAGAAAAGACACGUGAAAAAGAAAUAGACAGUUUUUCGAACACGCUCGACGAAGUGGAGCGGCCUAAAAAGGCUUUGUUAACUUUGGAUUCGGAUGCGCCUCCAACUAUGUUAGUUAACGAUAUAACUAUAACUGUAAAACCAAACGAAAACGAUAACUUUAAGAAAACGGAAUCGUCGGGAACGGUGAAACCUGAUAAAAAGACCAAAAAGUACAGCAGGCAAAAUGAAUUUGAAGAUAAAUGGCUGGAAGAUAUGAUCCAGAUUAUAGAGGCAGAGUCUCUUGCUGUUCGUAUGCUUUUCGAAUCGAACUCAGAUGAUUCUUUAAGUUAUACCGAGAAACCCAUAUUUAAAAGAAGUUUGAAAAGGAAAUUAAAUUCGAUCGUUAGCAGCGCUGAUUCAGAUUCCGACGAUGACAGUAACUUGAAUGGUAAGGAACAAAAUUCCUUAAAGAAAGAACAAAAGAAAAAUAAAAGACCUUCGUCUUCGAUUGAGAAACAAGGUAAUAGUAACAGGGAUUUGAACUCCAACAUUAGUAGCGAGACGAGCAUCGGAAAAAGGCAUUCUUUAAGAAAAAAGAAUGCUGAAAGUAAGAAAGUUUCGACGUCCCUUAAAAUGCUACUAAAUAAUAAGUUGAAGAAUUUGAUUGAAUCGGACAAAAUAUUUUCUAGCAUGGUUGUUCUGGAGAGGUUACCAAAAAGCGCACUAAGAAAGCAUCACAACACGUUGGAAAAGUCACGGGAAUACUUGGAAAGCAAAGAAUAUGGAAGUUUAGUCAGUGUAGAUAAUCUGAGAAGAAACACUAGAAGCAGGAGCUUGUUGCGAAGCUCACAAAUCACUCAGCUAUGUAGAAACUCGAAUAGUAAGAGCAAAGAAGUGGAGGAAACGUUAUUAGAUCAUUUAAAAAGAGUCGAAGAAGGGGACUUCAAUGAAGCCAUAGGAAACGAUGCUGUUUCUGAUCCCGAAAAUGACAAUACAGUUACGAAAUCCGAUACAUCUAUGCAAAGCAACAAAGAUUCGAUCAAAAAGGCAGACACUGUUACAAAGAAAAUGCUUUUGUAUUCGUCGGAUUCGGAUGCUCCCAUCGAGAAGAAAGUCUCGUCUGAAAGCGACGAAGAGAAAAAUAUGAAUGAAUCGGGAAAACCUGCAGAGAGACCAAGCGCGAAAUCAACGCAGGAAGACAGUGACAAGGAAAAUGACGAAAAACGGGAGAAGAGUAGAUUGAGGUGGCAUAAAUUAUCGACGAUGAAGAUUAUUUCCGACUCAGACUCGGAUGUUGAUAGACAGAAAUGGGAUAAAAGGAGGAAAAAUAGGCAGACUGCGAAAAAUGAUCAGGCAGAGGAUUCUGAGAGUAAUAACGAUUCCGUCGUGAAACAUAAACCUAGAACUCGUCGAAUAAUUAUGGAUUCGGAUGAUUAGAACGUCAAGUCUGGCCCUGACUCGAGUACUUAGUUCCGUAGAAUUAUUACAGAACAAAUCGUCGGACAGCGAAAAGUAUGUCGAGCUACAUCAAGUAUUCUAACGCAACUCCAGAGAUGCAAUAAAUAUUGAUGAUCCACUCGUUGGCAGAAAUGUACAAGUACUGGGAAAAACAGACUAUGCAUAAUGUCAUGAAGCAACUACUCGAAACCAAUAUACAAAUUUGAGAUCAAUUAGACUGAAUCCAGUAAUGUUAAAUCGGUUAGAUUACGCGGUGCCGAAUAUAAACGCGAAUAUGUCAAAUCAACCAAAUAGGACCACCAGUAGACAAGCAGACGACGAUUAUGUUGUAGAGGUCACUUGUACGAGUAACCUUCUCCAAUGUCUUUUUAAUCAAUGUUGAAGUUCUCCAGCUCAUUCAUUUACACCCCUUUAACACUAACGACAGAUUUUUUCUGCACUAAGUUAAGAUUGAAAAUUUUGCGCUUGGAUUAUGAAGCAUUUAUGAAGCAUACUUGAUCUACUUCUUCUGUUGUGUGGACAGUUGACUCGAGACCUAUCAUUCCUUUGAAACUUUUGUUCUUCGUGAUUAGUACUGUACGAUACAGUAUAUGAAAAAUUAUUAACCUUUUGAUCUUAUAUGUACAUAUGUUUGUAUGUACAAAUUAUACAAGCGAUGGAGAUAUUUAUUUUUACUUAAUUAAAUGACAUUUUUGUUCAAAUCGUACAUUAUUGUUUCUGUAUAGUUAUAUCUUCUACUAAAAAAAGAGGAAAAUGUCACGAAUCCAAUAACAAUGUAAUUUAAUAUA